AUGAAUACAAUUGAGUCAUCUGAUGACACAGUUGUACCUAGUGUUUCAUCCGAUGAUGACCUAUUAGAAACAAGUGUUGGUGAAGAUGAUGACAGUAUUCAUAGCGAUCAAAUGUCAUCAUGUAAUUCACAAGGGUCACAUAUUUCGUUUUCUAUGUGUAAUAAUGUAAUGGCAGCGAAUGCAACGUUCGAAUAUCUUUUCGAUUAUUUUAAACAUUCUCUUUCAACUAAUAGUAAAUCGAUGAAUCUUGAAAAGAUCCUAACGGAUGUAUGUAACUAUGCUUUUCUUGAACUUAAAUGUUCUGUGAAGAUUCGUAUCUUGAAACAAGAAAUAAGUCGUCAAAUAAGUCAGAUAGUGCAAUCGGCACGUACACAUGCCGCCGGAAGAAGUGUUAUCGGAAUUUUACGUACAAAAAAUGUUUUCUCCUUUAUUUUCAAAUCUAUUGACUCUCUGAAUCGAGUUGAACCAUCGAUGGGAUUUAAAAGAUAUAAAAAUGAUGAUUGUUUAAGUCCAAGUCUUUUGAUUCGAGAAAGUAAUGAUGAAACUGCUAUUCUUCAAUUUUAUCCAUUUUCAAAUAUAAUUGACAUAACUAUCAAUGAAACAUUAGUGAGAAACGCAUUGUCUUCCUUUGAUCUAGUACGAGCAGUAGAUAUCAGUGAGAUUUCUAAUCUGAUUUCACAAUGUGUCGUAACAUAUAACUUAAAUUUAGUUGUACCGGUUUUUGAAGAAAUCCUUAAAACGAAAAUAUUGUUUGAGCGUGGUACAUUAAACUCUAGUUAUUUUC